ACUCCGAGUCGGAUUACGACCAUACUCAAGUUCCUUAGGACUCCCACCCGGCAGCUUAGCUCUUGCUUUACUUCAAUUUCGGGCGGCUGUCGCGACAGAGGACUGGUAUCUCCCAAGUCCGAACUUCCUUUGGUCGGGUUCUGAAUGCCACCGGCUUGAUGCCAUCGUGGUAGCUUCUGCCACCUCAACACCCUGUACCGCAGCAGCCGGUGCUGCACACCGGGAUGCAUCUGAUAGAACCACCGAAAUGCGCGAGUUCACCUUCAUCUUGCUAUACACAGGUACUCCGCGAACCGCCCUACCCGAUGAUCUUCUCUGUGAGCCUCGUGGUGUGUGCGUUCUACAAUUGACUUUGGCCGUCCCGACGCUGCCGCCCACUGCCUUCCGCGUCGUCAUAUGGGAUACCGUAUCUCAUUGAAUCGAGAUUCGGUUGACGAUGUAUAUAUACGAUGUUAUUGUGCAGUGGGAUACUCGGACCCGGCUCACUACUACCAGUUGUCAUUCGCAAGCAUGCGCCUCCUCGAUUACAAGGUAACGCUCGUCUCCGACAGCAGCGAUUCGGAACCCGUAGAGGAAUUACAAGAGUAUGAACGCGAAGUACACGGGAAUGUUGCGAGCUGCUACGUCGUGUAUCACAGCAGUCUGCGGGAUCGGUACAAGUUCAAGUGCCGUAACUAUAUGGGAGAAGGCGUCUACGUCUCCACCUUACUCAAUGGCAAGAAAGUUUGUGAAACGACGUACUUCCCGGAUGGUACCCGCAAGCAUCUACGCCUGACAAAGCUGGUGCGUGAGUCACACCAGGCGGAACAGUUUCAACUCCCUGUAUUGUCUGAUGACCCUGAUCCUGCGGUCACGGCGUGGAUAGUCGAAUUCCGCUUAUUCGAAGAACCGGAGUCCAGCCAGCCUGGGAACGUAGAUCCUUCCGCUGUAGCGUCGUCCGUCGAAGGAGGCCCUCCCUCUAGAGGACGCCGCACCUGGGAGCCCUCUCCCGAACAGUGGCAGCAUCCUCACGCAGUCUUGCGAUUCGUCUUCUCAGCGAAGCCAGGUGGCUGUAAUAACCCCACUCAGCAAGCCGAGGACAUCAUGGCGAAUGCUCGGACGUUCUACCCGCCCUCUGUCGCUCUCCCCCCUGUGGCAGCCUCCGAGUCGUCGAGGUCUGGGGAAUCCAGGUUCCACGAGAGACGGCGAGAUGAAGAACGCAAGGCACGCACGGCCGAGAGGAAGGCGAGGAAGGCCGUGAGGAAGGAGGCAAGGAAGGCCGCGAAAGAGGCCGCGAAGGACGCAGCGAAGAUAGCGGUCAAGGCGGCAGUGAGAGCGACGGCACAGGCUAACGUCAGCGGUGGACUGCCUAUGCAGGCCGGUACUUCUCGACAGGGCGGAGGUUCAGCGCAGGGACGCCGCCAGAACGUCUCGACUCGGCGGACUGGGUUGAACUGGGGCGUGUACGAAGACAACUUCCUCGAGUUCUUGCAGCUUCUGCAGGAGCGGGCCCUUGAAAAGAACAGUGACUUCAAGAACGCGCAGGUGACGGGAGACUCGGAUCGUGGCGCGAUUGGAUCAACGAUGGAUGCCGACUGAAGUAUGCGAUAUCUCUAUGCCAUCCGCACUCACUCUGUACUACUACCAUGCCGCACAUUCUAUGCUCUAUGCCAGUAUGCCUUUAUGCCAACACCCGCGACCGUGAGUUGCUAUGCUCCCGACGUAUCGAUCUGGGCCCACUAGCAACAUCAUGC